AUGGCCACAAAAGUAGUGCUCUUGCUAUUAGCCUAUGUGCUUUUAGUCACCAACAUGGUUUCAUCAAUUGAAGAGACUGUUGAAACAGAGGUUUAUGUUCCAAAUUAUGUGGCCAAGCCUCCAGCCCAUGCCCCAGCAAAGUCCCCUACCCACGCACCCCCAAAGAAGGCUCCAGCCCCUGCACCCAAAAAACCUCUGGUCCAUCCACCGACAAAGGUUCCUGCCCAUCCCCCGGUCAAGGCCAAGGCCCCAGUCCCACCAGUGGCUCCUAAGCACGGUAAUAAUCCUAACUUUACGAUGAAUUAG